AUGACUAUUUCUCUCAGAUGCGCUUAUUGCCCAUACUCGUCACUUCAUCAUGACUAUAUCGUGAAUCAUGUGUUAGACAACCAUUCUUCUAAAAUGGUUUGCUACGGUUGUCUCUCUAAAGCAUUCCACUCUCUCAAAGAUUACAGGGACCAUUUAAUUAGGAAACACCCCAAGGAUCCCAGAGCUUGGGGGAACUUCGAUUACUAUUGUGCACAGCAUAACAGAACGUUCUUAUAUUUUUCCAAAGACACAAAGUCCGGAAAAGCAAAACAGUUCACCUUUGUUGCUGACGAUUCGGUUAAUGAAGGAUGCGAUUUUUGA